AGUAUGAUUGAGAUAAGAAACACUUACCGCGUUUUCACAUGCUGCUUGACUUGACAUUACGAUAAGAAGAAUGAAUCCAGUAGAGACGACGACGACGGCGACGGCGUAUCAUGGCAAAUCAACGAUCUUCCUUCACCUACGACGUUUUCAUAACUUUCUUCGGCGACGAUACUCGUUACGGUUUUGCCGGCAAUCUCUGGAAAUCUCUCAGUAACAGAGGAAUCAACACAUUCGUCGAUGACCAUUCCAAAGGAGACGAAAUCGCAUCAACGCUUUUGAAUGUCAUCAAUGAGUCGAGAAUUGCCAUUAUUGUGUUUUCUAACAACUAUGCUUUUUCUUCCUUUUGCUUGCAACUACUUGUCUAUAUCCUUGACACUUUUCUCUUGAAUCAUCGCUUUAUUUUCCCCGUCUUUUACGAUGUCGAUCCUGCUAUUGUAAGAUAUCAAACAGGAACUUAUGCUGAAGCUUUUUCAAAGCAUGACAAGAAAUUCAAAUAUGACAAAGACAAAGUUAAGAAAUGGAGGAAAGCUCUAUAUCAAGUAGCUAACUUGUCUGGAUUUCAUUUCAAACAUGGGGAUGGAUAUGAAUUUGAGUUUAUUGAACGGAUUGUGGAAGAGGUCUCUAGCAAUUUUGAUCUUGUUCCAGUACAUAUUGCUAAUUACACGGUUGGGCUGGAGUCUCGAUUGGAAGAAGUGUGUUUGCUUUUAGAGUUGGGAUCAAAACAAGUCCUCACAGUCAGGAUCUAUGGGGUUGGCGGAAUAGGUAAAACAAUACUUGCUCGAGCAGUUUAUAAUAAGAUUGGAGACCAAUUUGAAGCUUUAUGUUUUCUUCCCAAUGUUAGUGAAAACUCAAAUAUGCAUGGACUAGUGCACCUCCAAAAUAGGCUUCUUUCAGAAAUGGUUGGAUUGAAAGACAUUCAGUCAGGAAAUGCUGGUAGAGGAGUUUCUGGAAUAAAGUAUAGGCUCCGCCGAAAAAAAGUUCUUCUCAUCCUAGAUAAUGUUGACACACUUGAGCAACUAGAGAUCUUGGUUGGAGGACUUGAUUGGUUUGGUCCUGGUAGCAGAGUUAUCAUUACAUCACGGGACAAACAUUUGCUAGCAUUUCAUGGGUUUGAAAGAAGAUACGAGGUACAAGAGUUGAAUCACGUAGAUGCUCUUGAGUUGCUUAGCCACAGGGUGUUUAAACAAGGCAUUGUUGAUCCAAAUUACACAGAACUUUUAAGCCGCGUAGUAACUUAUGCUUCCGGGAUUCCAUUGGCCUUGGAAGUAAUAGGUUCCAACUUGUCCGGAAAAAGUGUUGACCAAUGGAAACAUACAUUAGAUCGGUUUGAACGGAAUCCUCCUAACAACAUCCAAAAUAUACUUCAAAUAAGCUUCGAUGAUUUGGAUCAAGAGGAGAAGAACGUGUUUCUUGACAUUACUUGUUGCUUUAAGGGAUAUGAAUUGACAGAUGUUGUAGAUAUUCUCCGUGCUCGGUAUGGUCAAGAUAUGAAAAAUCAUAUCGAAGUGUUGAUUGACAAGUCUCUCAUACAUAUCAGUUUGGAUGGUAAGGUGACACCACGUCCCUUGAUAGAGAACAUGGGUAAAAAAAUUGUCAUUGAUGAAUCGCCAAGCGAUCCUGGGAGACGCAGUAGAUUAUGGUUCCGAGAAGAUAUAGUUCAAGUCCUAAAAAAUAAUAAGGGAACUAGUAAUAUUGAAAUCAUACAUCUAGAUUCCUCCUUAAUUGAAAAUGAAGAAGCAAUAGAAUGGGAUGGAGAGGACUCUGAGGAGAUGCCAAAUCUCAGAAUACUUAUUAUCAGAAAAUGUCAUUUCUCCAAAGCUCCCAAGUAUCUUCCAAACAGUUUAAAAGUAUUGGAAUGGUGGAGAUAUCCUUCAGAAGAGUUACCAUCCGAUUUUGAUUCAAAGAAACUUGUUAUAUGUAAGCUACCAAACAUGGGAUUCAUGUCACCCGAUCUAACUGAGUUUUUACAGAAUCGAAGUUUGGGACGGACGAUUGGUGUCAGAUGUGAGUCUCAAGGCCUUUAUUACCUCUCAGUAUCAUCUCAGACAUGCUCAGUCAAAGAUUCUCCACUCACUAUCCAUGCUCAGUUAGGUCAUCUCAGUCUUUUCAAACUACAUAAGGGUGUCAAAUUUAUCGAAGGUAUCUAAUUUACAUUGUGAGUCGUGUCAGCUAAGGAAACACACUCGUGGUCAGUUUCCCAAUCGAGUCAAUAAACGAGUUUCGUCCCCUUUUGCUUUAGUUCACACCGAUGUUUGGGGUCCCUCGCGUACUGUCUCUACUCUUGAGUCUAGGUAUUUUGUCACCUUUAUUGAUGAUUUUUCACGUUGCACGUGGUUAUUUUUAAUGAAUAAUAGAUCUGAAUUAUUUUCUAUAUUUGAACAAUUCUAUCAAGAAAUAAAAAUUCAAUUCGGUGUGUAUCCGUACCUUAAGAAAUGACAAUGUCCGUGAAUAGUUAUCCCAACAAUUUCAGAAUUUUAUGUCAUGCAAUGGUAUUCUCCAUCAAACAUCUUGCCCUCACACACCUCAACAAAACGGGGUAGCUAAAAAUCGACAUCUUGUAGAAACCACUUGAACCCUACUUUUCCAUGGUAAUGUUCCACUUCGGUUUUGGGGGGAUGCUGUGUUAACGACAUGUUACCUUAUAAAUCGCAUGCCCUCAUCUGUCCUUAACAAUAAAAUCCCUCAUUUAAUCCUUUUUCCCAAUUCCCCACUUCACCCAAUUCCUCUCAGAGUCUUCGGAUCCACAUGUUUUGUACACAACCUACCCAACGCAUGUCGUCCCUGUCCCUGAGGUCAUUGCAGACUCUCCUCCGACGCCUCCGCCAUCACCGGAUCUGAUCCUGCAACCUGAGUCCGAUCUUCCGAUUGUCCUUCGAAAAGCUAUACGUCAAACACAAAAUCUUUCUCCACAUUAUAUUGAUUUAUGUUAUCAUCGUUUUUCCCCUUUGCAGUAUACUUGUUUGUCUUUUUUGUCUUGUGUUUCUAUUUCUAAGACUCCAGGUGAAGAUUAUGUCACCCUGAGUGGAGGCAAGCAAUGAUUGAUGAAAUGUAUGAUCUUCAAAGCAGUGGUACCUGGGAACUGAUUCCUGUACCCCAUGGAAAAUAUUUAGUAGGUUGUCGUUGGCUUUAUACAGUGAAGGUUGGUCCAGAUGGUAAGAUUGAUUGAUUUAAAGCUCGCUUGAUAGCCAAAGGAUACACUCAGUUUGACCUUCUCGCUUGUAGCCAAGAUGGCAUCUGUUAGAUUUCUUCUAGCCAUUGCAGCCAUUCAACAUUGGCCUCUUCAUCAACUUGACAUCAAAAAUGAUUUUUACAUGGUGAUAUUAAAGAGGAAGUAUAUAUGGAGCAACCACCUGGAUUUGUUGCUCAGGGGGAGUCAUCGAAUAUGAUGCGUAGGUUACACAAGUCUCUUUAUGGUCUUAAGAAAUCUCUGAGAGCUUGGUUCGGCAGAUUCAGCAUUGUAGUACAACAGUUUGGUAUGGUCCGUAGUGAAGCUGACCAUUCUAUUUUUUAUCGCCACUCAGUCCAAGGGUGUAUUUAUCUUAUUGUGUAUGUAGAUGAUAUUGUCAUAACUGGUAGUGAUCAGCAAGGUAUACUCCAGUUAAAGCAACAUCUCUCGAAUCAAUUUCAGACAAAAGAUUUUGGUAAACUUUGUUAUUUCUUGGGUAUUGAGGUAGCCCAAUCAAAAGAUGGUUUGGUGAUUUCUCAGCGGAAAUAUGCUAUGGAUAUUUUGGAAGAAACAAGUUUGUUGAAUGCUAAACCAGUUGAUACUCCUAUGGAUCCAAGUGUCAAACUACUAUCCAAUCAGGGGGAGUCUCUAUCUGACUCAGGAAGGUAUAGAAGAUUGGUUGGAAAUUUGAAUUAUCUCACAGUCACUCGUCCAAACAUUUCUUUUGCAGUUAGUGUGGUAAGUCAGUUCUUAAACUCCCUUUGUCUGGAACACAUAAUGUUGUUAUCCGGAUUCUGAGAUACAUCAAAUGUGCUCCAAGAAAAGGUCUAGUGUAUUAAAAUAAAGGACAUACUCAGAUAGUUGGAUACUCCGAUGCUGAUUGGACAGGGUCACCCAUUGAUAGACGAUCUAUCUUUGGGUAUUGUGUACUUGUUGGAGGAAAUCUUAUAUCCUGGAAAAAUAAGAAACAAAACGUAGUUGCAAGAUCAAGCGUCGAGGCAGAGUAUAGGACCAUGGCAAUGGCAACAUGUGAACUUAUUUCGUUAAAACAGUUGCUCAAGGAACUUCAAAUUGAAGAAGUAAGACCAAUGACACUUAUUUGUGAUAAUCAAGCUGCAUUGCAUAUUGCUUCAAAUCCAGUCUUCCAUGAGAGGAUCAAACAUAUUGAGAUAGACUGUCACUUUGUCAGAGAGAAAAUCGAAUCAGGUAACAUCGUCACAAACUUUGUCAACUCUAAUGAUCAAUUGGCAGACGUGUUUACAAAAUCUCUGCGAAGCCCCAUAAUUAAUUAUAUAUGUAACAAGCUUGGUGCAUUUGACUUAUAUGCUCAAGUUUGAGGGGGAGUGUUGAUAUUAGUAAAUAAUGUUAAAAAUAUUUGUAUAUCAAAUAGUCUCAGAUCGACUAUAUCAUGUAAUUAGUUGUAAUCUCUCUAUAUAUAAAAAAGUUUUUGUA